UAAUUGAAAUGUAAUAUAUCACAAUGUAAUAAUGUAUACAGAAAAGUAUCAUGUAUUCCUUAUACAAUUUACUGAAUUUUCACAAACCAAACACAACUAUGUAACCAGCAUCCAAAGUCAAGAAACAGAAAUUACCAGCACCCCAGAAGCCCUUGUGCUCCCUUCUGCUCUCUGCUCUCACCUCCCCCCACCAGGGGUAACCACUAUCCUGACUUCUAACUCUAUAGAUUAAUUUUGCCUGUUUCUGACUUUAUGUAAAUGGAAUCAGAAGUGGUUAUUCUUUUGUGUCUGGCUUCUUUUGCUUAAUAACUCUGUUAGUGUUAGUGAGAUUCAUCUAUAUUCUUGCUUGUGGCUGUAAAUCUUUAAUUCUCAUUGCUGUCUAGUAUUCUGUUAGUGAGCAGAUCACAGUUGACUUAUCCCAUCUGUUAUUGAUAGGCAUCAGCAGUGGUUUCAGGUUUGGUGCUAUUUUAAACAGUGCUGCUAUAAACUUUCUAGCGUAUAUCUUUUGUUGAGCAUAUUUAUACAUUUCUAUUGUGUAUAUACUUAGUAGUGAAAUUGCUGGUCUGGAGAGUAUGUGUCUGUUUAGUUUUAGUAAAUACUGGUAGUUUUCUGAAAUGGAGUGUUCCACAUCCUCACCAAUACUUGGAAUUUUCCAUAGUUUUAAUUUUAGCUCUCCUGGUGGAUAUGUGGUAGUAUCUCAUUAUGGUUUUUAUUUGUAUUUGAGAAGGUGAAUGUUUUAACCUGGCUGUAUUGUCACCCUGCACGAAACUGGCAUCUGGUGGAAAGGAAGAAGGGAGGAUUGGAUAUCAGGUGAUAGUAUUGAUUGUUUAGCUCAAGCCAGUCAUGAUGCUAAGUGCUUCACAUGUAUUAAUGUAGUACUCCUCACAAGCUCCCUAGGAGGUGAGUGCUGUUGUUUUCCCCAAUUAACUUAUGAAGAAACAGAGGCACAGAGGGGCUUUGUAACUUGCCCAAGGUCAUAUUGCCGGAGACUUGAGCCCAAGAAGCCUGGCUGCAGAGCUUGUGCUCUUAGCUACUGCAUCUUAUAACCAGAACAGUCUGCCACAUAAGCUUGCGUAUAACAUUCUUAUUUGUAAGUUUGUCUUUUGUUUUGUUUCACUCUUCUUUCUUUAAUAAUAAUGAUAAUUGUUAAUGUUUAUUGAGUAUUUGCUGCAUUGUAAGCAAUUUGCAUGUACAUAUUAACUCAUUCAGUGCUUGUGGCAUCCAUAUGAGGUGGGUGGUAUUAUUAUUACCAUCAUUAUUAUUUUUAUCACCGCCAUUUUAGAGAGGGGGAAACAAGACUAGUGAGGUUAUUAAGUAACUUGGUCGGUUUCGUGAACAUCGUGGUGGAGCUGGGAUUUAAACUUAGGCAGCCUUACUCAGCAGCCCACAGGCUGAAUCACAGCACUCAAACUCCCACGCAGAGUAGAUGUGACAGUUACUCAGUUUAUGAGCUUCUGCAGAUACAUGUCUUUGAAAUUGUUCAUUACCUCCUGGCUCACCCUAAAAUAACAACUGUUUCUAGUGUUAUUCAAACUUACCUCACUUGUUUGUCCUAAGGCAAUUUACAAGGAGAUUGUAAGAGCUGAAAAGCACUUUUUGCAUGGGUCAGAAGUAGAUGGUAAUGGAAUAACGGUAAAGUGGUUCUUCAAGUUUUUGAGCAUGAGGGUCCCUCCUCUCCCUUAAGACUUUCUCUACCCCACCCCAGUAUAAAGGUAAAACUUGCACAUUAUGAAAAAAAAAAAUUGGAAAGUACAGGAAAAUAGAAAAAUGAAAAUAAAAAUCACCUAAAAUCUUACCACCCAGACCCACGCACUGUUAACUUUUGGUGUUUGUCCUUUAACAACCUGAUUCUAAGGGUGUUUGUGUAAACAUGCAUACAAAUUCAAAAGUAUAUGUAAUUACGUUAAAUCAAAAUGAGUUCACAGUGUAUGUGUUAUUUUAUAACCUGAGUUUUCCCAUUAAUAGUAUGCCUUGAACCUUGUUACAUACAUUGUGGUUUAUAUAAUGUAUCCUCCAGUGGUGAACAUUUGGGUUGUUACCACUUUUUACCGUUAUGAACGUCCUUUGAUAAAUCUGUGCGUAUGCAGGGGGUGCGCCCCUCGUACUCCCAGCUUGCCAAAUACUAUUAUUAAAUCUCUAAAAUCUGUGAGUAAAGUAUUCCUGGUCUGAUUUUUUUUUCUUGUAUAUUAAAGAGAAUCUUUUUGUUUUCCUGUUAUCUUUGCCUAUACAUGACCUCAGUCACCCCUGAGCAUUUCAUUCCUGGCAUCUUUGAGAUCUUGCAGUGACCCUAUUGCACUAAUGAGAAUGAGUUUCUAGGAAACACCUGAAGUACUGACAGCUGUCACAUGAACAAAAAAAUGCAGCUUACAAUAAUGCAGUCAGGUGACAUGCAGUCUUUUGCACAGAAGCUCCAACUCCGGGUGCCUUCCGUGGAGUCUUUGUUUCGGAGUCCAAUGAAGGAAUCUCUAUUCCGAUCUUCCUCUAAAGAGUCUUUGGUACGAACGUCUUCUAGAGAGUCCCUGAAUCGACUUGACCUGGACUCUUCUGCUGCCACCUUUGAUCCACCCUCUGAUAUGGAGAGUGAGACCGAAGAUUCACUAGGGAAUUUAGACAGUCUCAGCAAAGAACAUUUGAUCCAGUGGUUGCGAAGAAUGGAACGAAGGUUGAAUGGCUACAAAGGAAAAUGUUCUGAGCUUGUUACAGCUUAUCAGACUCUUCAGAGAGAGAAGAAAAAGCUACAAGGUAUAUUAAGUCAGAGUCAGGAUAAAGCACUUCGGAGGAUUGGAGAGUUAAGAGAGGAGCUCCAAAUGGACCAGCAAGCAAAAAAACAUCUCCAAGAGGAGUUCGAUGCAUCUUUAGAGGAAAAAGAUCAGUAUAUCAGUGUCCUUCAGACUCAGGUUUCUUUGCUGAAACAGCGGUUACGAAAUGGCCCGAUGAAUGCUGAUUUACCAAAACCACUCUCGCAGAUGGAACCAGAGGCUGAAGGCGUCACUAAAGAGAACACAGAUGGUGAUGUAGAGCCAGUAGUGGGAGAUGGAGCUUCUGCUAAAACACUGGAAAUACUUCAGCAAAGAGUUAAGCGUCAAGAGAAUCUACUGCAGCGCUGUAAAGAAACCAUUCGGUCGCAUAAGGAACAAUGUAUGCUGUUAACCAGUGAAAAAGAAGCCCUGCAAGAACAACUAGAUGAAAGACUUCAAGAACUAGAAAAGAUGAAGGAGCUUCAUAUGGCUGAGAAGACUAAACUUAUCACUCAGUUGCGUGAUGCAAAGAACUUAAUUGAACAGCUUGAACAAGAUAAGGGGAUGGUAAUAGCAGAGACAAAACGUCAGAUGCAUGAAACCCUGGAAAUCAAAGAAGAAGAAAUUACCCAACUUCGUUGUCGCAUCAAGCAGAUGACUAGCCAGGGAGAGGAAUUACGGGAACAGAAAGAAAAAUCUGAAAGAGCUGCUUUUGAGGAACUUGAAAAAGCCUUGAGUACAGCCCAAAAAACAGAAGAAGCACGGAGAAAAAUGAAAGCAGAAAUGGAGGAGCAAAUAAAAGCCAUUGAAAAAACAAGUGAGGAGGAGCGUAACAGACUUCAACAAGAAUUAGGCCACGUGAAACAGGAGGUUGUUCAUGUAAUGAAAAAAUCCUCAGAACAAAUUGCAAAAUUACAGAAGCUUCAUGAAGAGGAGCUGGCCAGCAAAGAGCAGGAACUGACUAAGAAGUUUCAGACCCAAGAAAGGGAAUUUCAGGAGCAAAUGAAAGUAGCUCUUGAAAAAAGUCAGUCUGAAUAUUUGAAGAUCACUCAAGAAAAAGAACAGCAAGAAUCUUUGGCCUUGGAAGAGUUAGAGCUGCAGAAGAAGGCAAUCCUCACAGAGAGCGAAAACAAACUUUGGGACCUUCGGCAAGAAGCAGAGACUUACAGAACUAGAAUUCUUGAAUUAGAAAGUUCUUUGGAAAAAAGCUUGCAAGAAAAUAAAAAUCAAUCAGAAGAUUUAACUAUUCAUUUGGAAGCUGAAAAAAAUAAGCACAAUACAGAAAUUACAGUCAUGGUUGAAAAACACAAGACAGAAUUGGAAAGUCUGCAGCAUCAGCAGGAUAACCUUUGGACUGAAAAACUCCAAGUCUUAAAGCAACAGCAUCAGACCGAAAUGGAAAAACUUAGAGAAAAGUGUGAACAAGAAAAAGUAACACUGUUGAAUGACAAAGAGGUUCUCUUUCAGGCCCACAUAGAAGAGAUGAAUGAAAAGACUUUAGAAAAGCUUGAUGUGAAGCAAACAGAAUUGGAAUCACUAUCGUCUGAACUGUCGGAAGUAUUAAAAGCCCGUGACAGGCUAGAAGAAGAACUUUCUGUACUAAAGGAUCAAGCAGAUAGAGUGAAGCGGGAAUUAGAGGCCAAGCUGGAUGAACAGAAAAGUCAUCACCAGCAACAGGUUGACAACAUCAUUAAAGAACAAGAGAUGUCUAUCCAGAGAACUGAGAAGGCAUUAAAAGAUGAAAUUAACCAACUUGGGCUUCUUCUGAAGGAAAAGGACAAGCAUUUAAAAGAGCAUCAGGCUCAUGUGGAGAAUUUAGAGGCAGAUAUUAAAAGGUCUGAAGGGGAACUCCAGCAGGCAUCUGCUAAGAUGGAGCUCUUUCAGUCACUGCAGAGCACCAUGAAUGAGCAGGUAGAAACAUAUGAGGAGCAGUUGGCCCAGUUGCAGCAGAAGUUGUUGGAUUUGGAAACAGAAAGAAUUCUUCUUACCAAACAGGUAGCUGAAGUUGACACUCAAAAGAAAGAUGUUUGUGCUGAGUUAGAUGCUCACAAAAUCAAGGUACAGGACUUAAUGCAGCAACUUGAAAAACAGAAUAGUGAAAUGGAAGAAAAAGUAAAAUCUUUAACCCAACACUAUGAGUCCCACCUUAAAGAUAAUAUAGAGCAGGAACAGACAAAGCAACUCUUAAUGGAAAAGGAAAAUGUAAUUUUACAAAUGAGAGAAGGACAGAGCAAAGAAAUUGAAAUACUCAAACAGAAAUUAUCAGCCAAGGAGGACAGUGUUCAUGUUUUGCAAGAGGAGUAUGAAACCAAAUUUAAAAAUCAAGAGAAAAAGAUAGAAAAAAUUAAGCAGAAAGCAAAGGAGAUGCAAGAAACAUUAAAGAAGAAACUGUUGGAUCAGGAAGCCAAACUUAAGAAAGAGCUCGAAAAUACUGCUCUGGAGCUCAGUCAGAAAGAAAAACAGUUCAAUGCCAAAAUUUUGGAAAUGGCAGAGGCUAACUCAGCUGGAAUCAAUGAUGCAGUGUCAAGAUUGGAGACAAACCAAAAGGAGCAAAUAGAAAGUCUUACUGAGGUGCACUGGAGAGAACUCAAUGAUGUCAUAGCAGUCUGGGAGCAGAAACUUAACCAGCAAGCUGAAGAACUUCAGGAAAAACAUGAAAUCCAGUUACAGGAAAAGGAACAAGAGGUAGCAGAACUGAAGCAAAAGAUCCUCAUAUUUGGGUGUGAAAAAGAAGAGAUGAACAAGGAAAUGGCAUGGCUGAAGGAAGAGGGUGCUAAGCAGGAUACCGUGUUGAAGGAAUUACAGGAACAGUUAAACCAGAAGGCUGCUCACAUGGUUUCUGUCUCACAGAAUGAAGCUAAACUGAAAGCUGAACUUGAAAAGCUGGAGGUUGACCUGAAUCACUCUCUGAAGGAAAAUACUUUUCUUCAAGAGCAUGUAGUUGAACUGAAGAUGCUGGCAGAAAAAGAUAAGCUUAGGGUCUCUGAGUUGACUGAGAAGCUGAAAACCACAGGUGAAGAAUUCCAGAGUUUGAAAUCUUCACAUGACAGAAAUAAGAAAAGCCUAGAAGACAAAAGCUUAGAAUUCAAAAAACUGUCCGAGGAGCUAGCAGUUCAGCUGGACAUUUACUCCAAGAAAACGGAAGCCUUAUUACAAGCUAAAACAAGUGAGCUCAUCAACAUUAGUAGCAGCAAAAUUAAUGCCAUUCUCUCUAGGGUCUCCCAUUGUCAACACCACACAACUAAAGUUAAGGAGGCACUACUAAGUAAAACUUGCAAAGUUUCUGAAUUAGAAGCACAACUGAGACAGCUAACAGAAGAGCAACACACACUAAAUAGUUCUUUACAACAUGCUACACAUCAGUUGGAAGAAAAAGAAAGUCAGAUUAAGAGCAUGAAGGCCGAUAUUGAAGGUCUUGUGACAGAAAAAGAAGCCUUACAGAAGGAAGGAGGAAAUCAGCAACAGGCUGCCUCAGAAAAGGAGUCUUGUAUCACUCAGUUGAAGAAGGAGUUAUCAGAAAACAUCAAUGCUGUCACUUCGAUGAAAGAAGAGCUUAAAGAAAAAAAAGCUGAGAUCAGUAGUCUUAGUAAACAACUAACUGAUAUGAGCGCUCAACUUCAGAAUAGCAUCAGCCUAACUGAAAAAGAAGCAGCCAUUUCAUCACUGAGUAAGCAACAUGAUGAAGCGCAACAGGAAUUGCUGGAUCAGGUGCGAGAUUUAUCUUUGAAAGUUGAAACUCUGAGUAAGGAGAAAACUUCUGCUCUUGAACAGGCCAACAAAUUCUCAGAAUGGAAGAAGAAAGCACAGUCAAGAUUUACACAGUAUCAAAAUACUAGUAAAGAAUUGCAGAUGCAGCUUGAGUUAAAAACAAAGGAAACCAGUGAAAAAGAUGAGCAGAUAACUUUAUUGAAGGAGGACCUUGAUCAGCAAAAGAAGAGAUUUGAAUAUUUAAAGGGGGAAGUGGAAGAUAAGAAGAGCAAGAUGGAGAAAAAGGACCGUAAUUUACAGACUGAGUUAAAAACUCAAACAGCAAGAAUUGUGGAAUUAGAGGAGCAUGUUACUCAGAAAACAAUUGAAAUUGAGUCCUUAAAUGAAGUUCUUAAAAAUUACGAUCAACAAAAGGAUAUCGAACGGAAAGAAAUGAUUCAGAAACUUCAACACAUUCAAGAGUUAGGUGAAGAAAAGGACAACAGGGUUAAAGAGGCUGAAGAAAAAGUCUUAAGCCUUGAAAAGCAGGCAUCUUCCAUGAAAUCUGAACUUGAAUCUACGAAGAAAGAAUUGGAACAUGUGAAUUCAAUUGCGAAAAGCAAAGAAGAGGAGUUAAAGGCAUUGGAAGAUAGACUUGAGUUAGAAAGUGCUGCAAAAUUAGGGGAACUGAAGAAAAAAGCUGAACAAAAAAUUGCUGCCAUCAAGAAGCAGUUGUUAUCUCAAAUGGAAGAGAAAGAACAGCAGUAUAGAAGAGACAGAGAAAGCCAUCUGAGUGAGCUAAAUACAAAAUUGCAGGAAAGAGAGAAAGAAAUUCAUGUCUUGGAAGAAAAACUUAAGUCGGUGGGAAGUUCACCACAAUCAGAAACAUCAGUUGCACCCAGAUCAGCAGAAAAUGAGGCAGCAUGCACUGAGCAAGAAGCAGAUUCCCAAGGCUGUGUGCAGAAGGCAUGUGAAGAAAAAAUCCGUGUUUUACAAAGCAGUUUAAUUGAAAAGGAAAAGCUAUUGCAGAGGCUAGAGCAGGAAAAAAAAGACACAAUUUCUUCUCAUUCUGAAAUGCAGUGCAAAUACCAGGAGCUCUUAAUAAAGAUAGAACAGGCUGAAGCAAAGCAACACGAGGAUCAAGUGAUGAUAAAGCAUCUUCAAGAAGAACUUGAAGAAAAAACCAAAUACUCCUUGUUAGUAUCCCAUCAUGUGGAAGAAGAGGGAGGUAAAAAUAACAUAGGGGCAAAGCAGAACUUGGAGAAUGUGGUUGAUGGUGUCCAGAAAGCCCUCCAGGAGAAGGACUUGACCUGUCAGAUCUUGGAGCAAAAGAUAAAAGAGCUGGAUUCCUGCUUAUUGAGAGAGAGGGAAGGACAUAGAGUUGAAAUUGGAGCGUUGACCUCAAAACUUGAAAGAUUACAGGCUCUACAACAACAGAUGGAUGGAAAAAGUAAACCCAAGGAAGUUUUGGAAGAAAGUGCUGAAGAAAAGUCCAAAUCUCAUGUGGUCCAACCCAGCUUGCUUCGUAACAUGGAGGCUGAGCACAGUGACCUGGAGUUUAAAUUGGCAGGGGUGGAGCAGGAGAAGCAGAAGCUGAGCCAGGAGAUGGUUAAACUGCAGAAAGAUCUUCGAAUGUUGCGGAAGGAACAUCAGCAAGAACUGGAUAUAAUAAAGAAAGAGUAUGAGCAAGAAAUGGAAGAGAAAAUCAAACAGGAGCAGGAAGACCUUGAGUUGAAGCACAAUUCCACACUAAAACAGCUGAUGAGGGAGUUUCAUACACAGCUGGCACAAAAGGAGCAGGAGCUGGAAAUGACCAUAAAAGAGACCAUUGAUAAAGCCCAGGAAGUGGAGGCUGAACUUUUGGAAAGCCAUCAAGAGGAGACAAAUCAGUUAUAUAAAAAAAUUACAGAGAAAGAAGAUGAUCUAAAAAGAACAGCCAAAAGAUAUGAAGAAAUCCUUGAUGCUCGUGAAGAAGAAAUGACUGCAAAAGUAAUAGAUCUACAGACUCAACUUGAGGAGCUGCAGAAGAAAUACCAGCAAAGACUAGAGCAGGAGGAGAACCCUGGCAAUGAUAAAGUAACAAUUAUGGAGCUACAGACACAACUAGCACAGAAGACUACUCUAAUCAGUGAUUCAAAGUUGAAAGAGCAAGAGUUCAGAGAACAGAUUCACAAUUUAGAAGAUCGUUUGAAGGAAUAUGAAAAGAAUGUAUAUGCAACAACUGUGGGGACACCUUACAAAGGUGGCAAUUUGUACCAUACUGAUGUCUCGCUCUUUGGAGAACCUACCGAGUUUGAGUAUUUGCGAAAAGUGCUUUUUGAGUAUAUGAUGGGUCGUGAGACUAAGACCAUGGCAAAGGUUAUAACCACUGUACUGAAGUUCCCUGAUGAUCAGACUCAGAAAAUUUUGGAAAAAGAAGAUGCUCGGCUCAUGUAUACUUCACCUCGCAGUGGUAUCUUCUGAGUAAACCGUCAGUCUGUGCUUAGUUAGCAUGUGUCAUGGCUCCGACCUUCAUCUUGAAGAAGUGGGGAGAGUGAUGUUGGGCAGGCCUGGAAAACUGUGCAUGUCUGCUGUUCUUAGAGAACGAAGCUGUUAUUCAGGACCCCUCAUGUAGCCAGAAGACCAAGAAAAAUCUGACAUUGGCCACAGAAAGAUUGCGGACUGCCUUUAAAAUAGAUUAUAUCAGUGGAGAAACGGUGAUAGUUUUUUUGCGGGGGGGGGAUUCUUCAGUUUUUCUGUUGGGAAGAGUUUUUGUUGUUUAAAAGAUACUUUGAAUAAUUUAACCUGAUUUAUGGGCUCAUUUAAUGUUCCUUUCUUCCAUUCUUUUUGUCCCUCUUUUUAAAGAACUGCUUGCCUUUCGUAUUUAUUUUUAGGGUGAUUUUUUUUUUAAAGACUUGUGCAAUACAUUUUGAGGUGGAACUUAGUGGAUUUUUUUCCUGAUAUAUUAGAGCAUUUAAAUUGACUAUUUUAUCCAGAUUGAUUUGUUGAAUAUUUGCUAAAGACUAGUUCUUUAAGCUAUGACAUAUGAUAAAUCCAAAUGGCAGUACCUCAUUGUUUACUUAGCUUUUGUACUUAUAUUUUUCAGAGGAAAAAAUACUACUGUAAAUUGUAAAUAGUCAAUACAUAACUGUAUUGUAUGCAAAUCUGUGACUGUUGGCAAUGUCAUCUCAG